CUGUCUCAUCUGCCGCGUCGCCUCGCCCUCCGGACUCAACCGGAGCCACGUUCUACCCCUUUUAUACCCUCACUUCGAUGCUACAUUUGGCCUUAUACGUCGGAAACUCACCAUUCAACGACCAGCGGCAACUCACGCAGUGCUGACCAGGAUGGCAGAAGACAACCAGCCCAGAAAUAUUUUUUGACUUUCCCCCGAAAGCUGACACCUUCGAAUCAACUGAAGUUAUUUUCUUCCAUGAAUAUGAACUACAGCCUAUGUCACGACAAAGAGCACAUCGACCCGCGGACCAGCCCCGUCAUAAGUGCCAUCAUGUUUGGUGCUGGCAUCUUUGGCAACGUGGCUGCGCUAGUCAUCCUGGAAAUCCGACGGCGAAGAGAAGCCAAAGCAAAGGUCAAUCGACAGCGUUCGUUGUUCCACGUGCUCAUCACCGUGCUGGUGAUCACAGACCUGGCUGGAACCUGUCUGGUCAGUCCACUUGUGCAGCUGUCGUACGCACGGAACACCACUUUGGUGGGGCUGUCGUCAUUAGAACAUAAUGAAGUGUGCAUGUACUUUGGAGUCUGUAUGACUUUCUUCAGCUUGGCCACCCUGUCGCUGCUCUUCACCAUGGCACUGGAGAGGUGCUCUGCCAUUGGUUACCCCUACUUGUACAGCCGCUACGUCACCCAUAAAUGUGCCUACGUCACGAUUCCAGUUGUGUUUUUGUUAUGCGCUUUUUUUUGUCUCCUGCCUUUCACUGGAUUUGGCAUCUACGUCCAAUACUGCCCUGGCACAUGGUGCUUCAUAGACAUGAACCCGGAACAAAGUGAGGAUCGAGUAUACGCCAAUCUCUACGCCACCAUAAUGCUGGUUUUGGUGCUGGCCACUGUGGCCUGCAACGGUUUUGUGAUGUGUCAGCUCUUCAGGAUGUACCAACGGCGAAAAAGAAAUGGAGGGUCGGUCAUGGGACACUCCAGAUGCAGCAACACCCUCCGCACUGCGUCCAUCGCCCAGGAGGUUGAUCAUCUAAUCCUCCUGGUCUUCAUGACCAUCAUCUUUAUCAUCUGCACGCUGCCUCUUGUGAUCCGUGUCUACAUCAACUCCUUUGUCAAAAACUACUCCGAGUCCCACCCUCUGGAUCUGAUCGCCCUACGCUUCAUUUCUGUGAACUCCAUCAUCGACCCGUGGGUGUUCAUCCUGCUCUCCCCCGGCGUGAUGCACUUCUUCUGGGCCUCCGUCUGCCGAGUACCUAAACAUAUCUCCAGAGGGUCCAUAUUCAAUGCGUCAGUGACCAAAGAUCCAGACCCGAACCUAGAGCUGUCUCACCCGACGCUGGACUACUUGGAGAAAUGUCCUCCUGCGCAGGAUCUAUGACCAAAGCAGCAGCAGCAGCUGCAGUAGCCCUCUCUAUUUAUUGCAGGACUCACAGUGAGCACGCUCUUCUGUGGUUACACAAGGGCCGCAGCAAUUCACUCGCCAGUUUUGCUAUCUCUGUUUGGGUGAUGACCCUUUUUAUCUUAUCACCUCCAGCUGCGCGACGAGUUGAAGUCACAGACUGAACCAUCCCUUCCAGGAUGUGCAUGUUUGACGCAUCUAUUAUUGUGGCGUACUAUUUAUGCUGCUCAUGUUUGUCAGUCAAGUAUGAAACUCGCUUAUGGGAGUUUAUUUAAAGUCAUUAUUUAAAGGAAACGACUAUUAAAUCGGCUUAAUGCUUGUAAGUGAUGAUACUGAUCGUGAUCACGAGGACAUCUGACAGAUUUCUGCAUAAUAAUUCUCUCCAUUAGCCAAAGUAAUGGCCUGCUGAAAACAUGGAAGGAAUCUUUCUGCGUGUGUUGAAUAUUGACAGUCGUGAUGAUGGAACUUCAUUUGGCCAGUCAUCACCUCUGACCUGCUUAACUUCUGACCUCUGAAGAUCUGUCUUACCUCCGUCCACAGUCUGCCCACGGAGGUCAGAAGACAAACGUCCAGAGGGGACAAAAGCAUUUCAAAGAAUCAACCCGGGAUUAUGAAUAUUAACAUGAUCUUUGGCUUUGGUCGCAUGGGUUUCAGAUAUUUCCAUUAUUUGAACUGUUAAUCUAAGCACAGAAAGCAUGCAUUCGAUUCCACUUUCCGUUGAAGGAGCACAAUUUCUAACCAUUGUUUCUCAUCUGCAUUACAUUGAACUCCAGUCUGCAUGGUGUUGCACAGAGCCACGACUUCAAAAGAAGUGUAAUGCUCUGAAAAAGAAGGUCCCAGUGGAGGCUUGCUCUGUCAUUCAUGUCUGAUUCCUCUGUUGUUUUAAUACACGGCUGGGUUUAUUUGGAAAAAGAACAGAUCGUCUCACUUUCCUUUUCCCACUUAGCAGCUUGAUUAGCGCCAUUGUUCUGGGGAUCACAGCUGCCUGAAAUUCAAGGUCCUGCUGGAAACCAUUGCAACCAUGUUGGCAGAUGACCUCAUCGUACUGCAGACAUUUGAGACCUGAGUGAAUUCCCGCAAAUGUGUCAAUUCCCGAACGUUGCCGCUAGCAAACAAAACAAACACGACUGACGAUUCUCAAUGUCAGCAGUCUGAAUCAUAUGUGCAUAAUUGAUAGUUGUGCAACAACAUUUCGGAAAAAUAAAAAAUACGAAGAGACAAAUAGAAAUAUAUUUUUGCAUCUCAUCCUUUAUUUGCUUUUUUUAACACCGCUCCAUUGAUUUAGCCAAAACUAUUUUCACUAUGAUAGUUUCUUUCAAUAAAUUUUCUUCCGGUUCUUGGUCGGAGACUUGCGCUGCAGUUAGCUUUUUAGGCGUUAUAAUGAUGAGUCACAACUCUCUGAACAGCCGUUUGUUUUCUUCUUGUUUCACUCAGUCUCUCCUAACACAGUUCUUAUCAGAUGUCGGUUUUUAGUGAUAUACUUGUCUGGCUGCAUUGUUCUGGAGCCCUGAAGCACCUAUGUCGCUGCCUUUAGUAAGUCCACGAAUCAAACUAAAUAAAAGUUGCAGAUUUCCUGUGAAUUUAAGCCAGAUUUUAUAGACAUUUUUUGGAAAUGUAUUAUUUGCCCAAACUGACAAUUAUCUAUCUAGUGUUUAACUUCAGUUUACAAACAUAUAGCAAGAAGAUUUGCCAAAACAUAAUUCAUAUCUUCGCAUCAUCUGUCAGAUUUGUUGUCUGUGUUUGAUUAUUAUUAUUAUUAUUAUUAUUAUUAAACAAUCUUUUAUUUUGAAUCAGAAUCAGAAUCAGAAUCUGGGGGUAUUUUGUAUCUUUUUGUGAGGUUACUAUUUUGUUCCACCAUUACUAGCGGUUACAUUUCAGUGAUUGACAAAUAUCCCAAGAAACCUCAUAAACAGAUCAUUAAACAUGUAUGUGUUUAAUUUGUAGGUGUAUGUUGUGUAAGAUUCCCAAUCUGUUUGCCUUCCAAACACCCAGAUGGCCUCGAAGUAUCUUCUCACCAGUCCUGUGGAGACUGCUGCUUCACCCCCCUGCACUAAAACGUGCCCCCACAUUUGCAGUCCCUCAAGUCCUUUGUUGAAACUUUCAACUGUUUUCAAUUCUGGUCCUUUAUUACAAAGAAACCAGAGCAGUAGCUGUGAUUUCUGGCCCUGAAGUUCAAUGUGGUGCUGGACUUGAGAAAAGAAUACUCGACGACGAGCCAGUAUUAAAAGCAGCAGCCUCAAUAAACAGCAUUCUUUGUAGAAUGUUACACAACCCCAGGGGGAAUACUGUGGUAAUUGUUGCCAUAACCUUUUCAGUAUUUCUUCCUUUAAAAGUAAUCAAGAAUAGGCGAGUCUCAAGUGUCUGGCAAACAGAAUAAGCUAUAACGCAGCUUGUGCCGGUGCGUGUGAGUGUGUGUGAGUGUGUGUGAGUGUGUGUUGACCGCAGUGUCUGAUUGUUCUGAAUUCAUCACGUCAUCUUAGCCACUUCCUGUGGAUGGUCUGUGUGAUUAUUCAAGUGUCUGUUCCGCUAGAACAUGUGACUGACAGCUCUUAAAUGUAAUGUCAAAACAGAAUGCUGGCAACUUCUGUGGAAUUCAAAAGUACUGUAAGGGAGCUGCACUCAUGUGCAUGUGUGUGUGUGCGCGCACAUUUUUAAGGUUGUGGAAAUAAACAUCUCAUCCUGCAAAAA